AUGGCCAUGCCGCAUGCUAUGACCACAUCCCUGUGCCGACCGGCCUGGCGGCCGCGGCUCCGCACGCUGCUGCUCGACGCGGCCCUGCUCUACCUGGCGCUGCCCUUCCUCAUCCGCCUCUUCCCCGCGCUGCUCACCAAGUUCGUCUUCCUCAACUUCCUCGCCUUCCCCUUCUUCGUGGACCUGCGGCGCCCGGAGCUGCUGCUCAACAACACGGUCAGCUUCUACCUCACCACCGAGCCCGGCGUCACCGUGGGCGUCUGGCACACGGUGCCGGGCCGCCGGGCGGCCGAGGCCCGCGGCAAGGACGGCGCCUGGUUCGAGGCGGCGCUGGGGGACGCCCAUCCCGUUAUCAUCUACCUGCACGGCAACGGGGGCACCAGGGCAGCGAGUCACCGAGUGCAGUUCAUGAAGCUCAUGGGCGCUGCCGACUUCCACAUCCUGGCCCUGGACUACCGAGGCUACGGCGACUCCAGCAGCCACCCCUCCGAGAGCGGCUUCACCACCGACGUCCUGGCCCUCUACGACUGGGCGAAGGCGCGGAGCGGCGACAGCCCCAUCAUCUUCUGGGGACACUCGCUGGGAACGGGGAUAGCCACAAACGCUGCCAGGAAGCUGCAGGAAGACAGAGGGGUGCAGGUUGACGCCGUGGUGCUGGAGUCGCCCUACACCAACAUCCGCGACGCAGCCGCCCACGUGCCCAUCACCAAGAUCUACCGCCAGUUCCCGGGAUUCGAGUACCUCAUCCUGGACUCCAUGGCGCGGGGCGGCAUGUUCUUCCGCAGCGACGAGAACGUGAAGGUGCUGUCGUGCCCGCUGCUCAUCCUGCACGCCGAGGACGACGCGGUGCUGCCGCCGCAGCUCGGCCGCCAGCUCUUCGAGGCGGCGCGCGGCGCCUACGCAGACAAGGCCAAGGUGAAGCUCGUCACCUUCCCCGAGGAGCUGGGCCUGGGCCACGACUACAUCUCCUCCAACCCCGAGCUGCCCGCCCUGGUCAAGGACUUCUUGAACAUCAAGUGAUGCCCAGGGACCAACAAGCACACAAGCUUCACCAGCCGCUCCAAGGACGCAUCAUGGCACUGAAUCUCCUUCUGAAUGCAAUAAAAACCAAACUACUGAGAA